CGUCCGCCCCCAUGUCCCGCCUUCCCGGCUCCCGGCAGCUCCAGCCCUCUCCUCUGCCUCCGUGGCUAAUCCUUUGCCUCUGAGCGGAGCUCAUCCGGCCCGCUAAGCAGCUCCAGCGCUCCCUUCCUGAGCCCAAGGAUGCCUUCUCUCUCCAGGCCUGAUCUGCGGGAGCGGCGGCAAAACCCCCAGCCACAACAUGGCAGAAAAACUGCCAGAGGAGGUAUUGGCACUCAUCUUUCGCCACCUGCCCCUCAGGGACCGUGCCACUGCUGCCAGGGUCUGCAAGGCUUGGGCUGCUGCUGCCACCAGUAGUGCUGUAUGGUAUGACACCACCAUCAGCUGCGACUAUGAGCAGGAAGGCAUGUUUCCACUGUAUCUGUGCAACUGUCUGGACUACAUUCACAAUCUACGGCUGAAAUACGAACCGUCAAAGAAGACAAGUCGCAGGUCUGCCACUGAGCUGCUGACAGCACUGGCGAGCCAUGCCACAAGGCUUCAAGGCCUGCGCCUGGAGUGCUGCGGUGAGAAACCGCUGUUUGACUCGGGCCGCGACGUCCUGGACGCUGUACAGACUGUCUGCAGGAACGCCUGCAAGCUGCACCACCUUGACCUGCGGCGCUUGCCCUUCACACUGGAUGAUGAGUUGGUGCUACAGGUGGCACGUGGCUGCCCAGAGCUGCGAAGCAUUUUCUUGGACAAUCAUACACUGGUGGACAGUGUGAGGCCCAGCGCAGUACUCGAGCUGCUGGAGGCCUGCCCACACCUGCGUGCCCUUGGCCUGCACCUAGCCAGUCUAUCGGCCUCUGUACUCCAGGUGCUAGCUGCGCCGGAUCGUGCGCCUUUCAAGCUCCUGGCUCUUCGGUGCUCGUGCCGUGAUGAUGCACACGCAUCCCCUGUGCCCGAUGAAUCCUGGGCAGCAUUACGCUGCCGCCACCCAGGGCUGGCAGUGGAGCUGGAGCUUGAGCCCGUGAUGCCUGCCGAGAGUGUGACCCGUAUCCUGCAGCCAGCAGUACCUGUGGCUGCAUUGCGUCUUGACCUCUCAGGAGACACAGUUGAUUCGGUGUACUUCGCCGCACACCACUACGCUGCGACCCUGCGUGUGCUGGAGGUGCGUGCUUCUGCCUCACCCAAGCUGGACGCAGCACUGCAGGAGUUGGCAGCACGCUGCUCUGGCCUGCACGAGAUACACUGUUUCUGCGUAGUGAAACCCUCAGUGCUUGCAGCCUUCCGAGCACACUGCCCGCGCCUGCGCAGCUACACGCUCAAACUAAAGCGCGAGCCACAUCCCUGGCUGCCCACACUCGUGCAGUGAUUGGUCAACUCCCCAUCCCCACCCUGCAGAGCUGAGGUCCCUGAGAUGCAGGAAGGAGUUUUCUGGGUGCUCUCCAACUAACUGCAGGCCCUUCGGAAUUCCGAUUAUCUUCUGUGCCUCUCGGGCACUGGGACUGAGACUGAGACCUGCUGGCUGGUGUCCGAUCUAGUCUGUGAUGCCGAGUCCAUGCCAUGCUGUCAGCCUCUGCAGAUGCCAACUCUGUCGUGGUGGUUUUGGGCUUCACCCCAUUCCUCUGCACACUCCGCCCCAGUUCUGCAGCCUGUCGUGGGAGGAAGGUGGCCAUGGGCGUUGGCUGGGCCAUGGGGCUUUAGGGGUGAGUGUGAAAUAAACAGACCUUGUAGUAUU